AUGAUGAUCCUCCCAAGCGACAACGACGAUCCUCCCAAGCAGGCCGGUUACAAGAAAGGAAACAGUAAACCCUUCCUCAAUCUCUCUUCACCAGCAAACUGCCAAGUGCUCUGCGAGGAGGUCAGCUCGGACAGCGAUGACGAGGUGGACUCAGACUUCGACAUCGACGAGGGCGAGGAACCGGCCAGCGACCAGGACGAGAGCGAGCCCAAGCGCCACCGCCGCGUCGUCACCAAGGCCUACCGGGUGCGGGUGGGGGGUCUGGGGACCCCUGCCUGGCUCCGCGGGCAAGGGAUGGGCUCCCUGGUGGGAAAAGCCGAAGUUUAAACGAGGCCGAAGCCGUGGCCGGCCAGAGUUUUUCUCCCUCCUCACCCCAUGCGGCAGUCGACGACGGAGCACACGCGCCAAACCUUCCUGCGCAUCCAGGAGCGGCAGGUCCAGUCCAAGCGUAAGAAGGGUGGUCCCAACUACGACCGGCCUCUGACGCAGGAGGAGCUGCUGGAGGAGGCCAAGAUCACGGAGGAGAUCAACCUCCGCUCCCUGGAGAACUACGAGCGCCUGGAAGCCGACAAGAAGAAGCAGGUCCAGAAGAAGCGGAAGUGCGUGGGGCCCGUUAUCCGGUACUGGUCCGUCACCAUGCCCCUCGUCCCAGAGCCGGGCAAGGAAGAGAACGUGGACGUGGAGGGGUUGGACCAAGACCCUCCCGGUCCCGCAGCCAUCCUGGGCAUGUACACGCUGAUGAGCAACAAGCAGUACUACGACGCGAUCUGCAGCGGGACCAUCUCCAACACGGAGGGCAUCAACAGCGUGGUGAAGCCCGAUACGUACAAGCCGGUGCCGGACGAACCCCCGAACCCCACCAACGUGGAGGAGACGCUGCAGCAGAUCCAGGCCAACGAUGGGGCUCUGGAGGACGUCAACCUCAACAAUAUCAAGGACAUUCCCAUCGCCACACUGAAGGCCAUCUGUGAGGCCAUGAAAACCAACACCCACGUCAAGAAGCUCAGCCUGGUAGCCACCCGCAGCAACGACCCUGUGGCCAGUGCGGUGGCCGAGAUGCUGAUGGAGAACAAGACCCUGCAGAGCCUCAACAUCGAAUCCAACUUCAUCACCAGCGCCGGCAUGAUGAGCAUCAUCAAGGCCAUGUACCACAACACCACCCUGAGCGAGCUCAAGGUGGACAACCAGUGCCAGCGGCUGGGUGACACAGUGGAGAUGGAGAUGGCCACCAUGCUGGAGCAGUGCCCCUCAGUCGUGCGCUUCGGCUACCACUUCACGCAGCAAGGCCCCCGCGCCCGCGCCGCCAUCGCCAUCACCAACAACAACGAGCUCCGUCGCAAGCAGAAGAAAACCUAACGGCCCCCCCAGGGCACCAACGAGCUCCGGCUCCUGCUCCCCGGGGCCGCUGUAAAUAAAGACGAUGGAGAGAUGCGG